AGCUCAUGAAGCUGUUCUGCAGGAAGACUCUCGACAUGUCACGUCUUCGGCAUGGAGCGAGAAACACAAGUGUAUAGUUGUGUGUCUGUCUUCUGCACAUCACACCACAGCGAGCAGUCAGUAAUCUCACCCAGUGCUGACCAAGGGGAACCGAAUCAAAUCCGCUCAGCCAAGGCAUCACAGCUACAGGAAGUCCGGAUCGACUGGACCAGUUGCAUAUCAGACCUCACCGAUUGGACACAAUGAGUCCGAAGAAUGUCAUCUUUAAGAAAGCGUGCAAAGACAAAUCGGUGGCUGUGUAUAUGGGGAGACGUGAUUUUGUUGAUCAUGUCGAUUCAGUGGAUCCAGUAGAUGGAGUUGUUCUAAUAGACCCUGAGCUUCUGAAAAGCAAAAAAGCAUACGUAACCCUGUCCUGUACGUUCCGCUACGGGCGAGACGACAUGGAUGUGAUGGGAAUAGCGUUCAGGAGAGACAUUUACCUGUCCACCCGGCAGAUCUUCCCCCCUCUGCAGGAUAAGGAACAGUGCACUCUGACCAAAGUGCAGGAGAAACUGUUACGCAAACUGGGCUACAACGCAUACCCCUUUUUCUUUGAGUUCCCUGAUAAUCUGCCUUGCUCCGUGGGAUUGCAGCCGGCUCCUACCGACGUGGGCAAGCACUGUGCUGUCGAGUUCGAGGUGAAGGUCUUCAGUGCUGAGAACCUGGACGCUAAAGUCCGCAAGAGGAGUACAGUACGUCUGAUGAUCCGUAAGGUCCAGUACGCUCCAGAGAAACCUGGUCCAGCGCCUUCGGUCUCUAUCACCCGUGACUUCCUCAUGUCAGACAAACCCCUGCACGUGGAGGCUUGCCUGCAGAAGCAAACGUAUUAUCACGGAGAGCCGAUCAAGGUACGAGUGAACAUCAAUAACGAGUCUAACAAGAAUGUGAAGAACAUUAUUCUUUCUGUGGAUCAAAUCGCCAACGUUGUUCUGUACUCCAACGACAGCUACAUGAAGUCAGUGUCCACAGAGGAUUCUGGAGACACCUUGGGUCCAGGUGGGAAAAUGGAGAAGGUAUACACACUGCUCCCCCUGCUGGCCAACAACCAGGACAGGCGAGGAAUUGCACUGGAUGGAAAACUCAAGCAUGAAGACACCAAUCUGGCCUCCACUAGCAUAAUUAAAGAGGGAGUCUUGAAGGAGGUCUUGGGGAUUCUGGUGUCCUACAGAGUCACAGUAAAGCUCAUCAUUGGAGGGCUGAUGGGAUCCAGUGAGAUCGGGCUGGAGCUGCCGUUCCAACUGAUGCACCCGAAGCCUGAAUCAGGUAUCCUGUAGACUUAACAUGAACAUUCGGACAUGUUUCUGUUAUAUCUCACACUCCUGACCUGCCGUUUAAAUACUCGAGCUAGUUUCCUGAAAUCUACUCAAUUUUCAUUCAUUCAUUCAUCUUCUACCGCUUAUCCGAACUACCUCGGGUCACAGGGAGCCUGUGCCUAUCUCAGGCGUCAUUGGGCAUCAAGGCAGGAUACACCCUGGAUGGAGUGCCAACCCAUCACAGGGCACACACACACACACACUCUCAUUCACUCACGCAAUCACACACUACGGACAAUUUUCCAGAGAUGCCAGUCAACCUACCAUGCAUGUCUUUGGACCGGGGGAGGAAACCGGAGUACCCGAAGGAAACCCCUGAGGCACGGGGAGAACAUGCAAACUCCACACACACAAGGCGGAGGCGGGAAUCGAACCCCGACCCUGGAGGUGUGAGGCGAACAUGCUAACCACUAAGCCACCGUGACCCCCCCUACUCAAUUUUCAUACAGUCUAAAAUUGCUUCUUUGACCAUGUUUAGAAGAAAUUGACUUGUUAAGAGCUUUGAUGUGGUGAAGUUUUUUUAUAGGAUCUGUAAGGAGACUUUAUUUAGUGUUUAUGGAAGGAGACUUGCAUAUUUUUGUUGAAUGAACAACUAUUUCUAGCCGCUGUAAUAUAAGCGAUUACAGGAGUUUCGUGGACAUGAAAUUAUACGUAACCUUAAAGAGAUAAAAAAAAUUUGGGCAUGACUCAUUGCUAAUUUAAUGAUAAAAUUGUAAUAAUGGGUAAAUUGCUGUAGUUUAAGAGAGCUACAACACUAGACAGCAUGGAGGUGGUGUCAGUAACUCCACUGUUGAUUUAAUUUUCACAUUAUUGAUGUUUUUUAAGGGUUUCUAACAUACUGUAUAUGUGCAUGAGUGUCAGUAUAACAGUGUGUAUUUAAUUCAAUGGACUGAACUCCUCUGCUUUUCACUGUUGCUUCCUGAAGUGAGAGAAAGUGAGAUGGAUGACGACAUGGUGUUUGAAGAUUUCAAGCGCUCGUUUAUGAAGGGCGUGCCAGAGGAUGAUGAGGAAGGGAAUAUUUCUGCUGGGGAGCCUUGAGAAACCUCUGAGGAACCAAUCGCUAGCUGGAACUUUAGCGUAACAUAUAACAUGUAUGAUGUAUGUUAUGUUAUGGCCGGCCUUCUGGAGUCAUAGAGAGAGGAGCGAGAUAGAGAGCGCUCAACUCUGAACGUCUGAAUUACGUUGAGACGAGAUGUUGCAGACUUCCUGUAGUGGACAGUCGGUUUAUGUUCAGUCGUAGUUUUUUUAAUGGUUCCAAAUUGAUGUCAGUACAAAGAAUAUGGCCAGUGAUUUUAGACCUUUUAGUUUUUAGACCAUUUUUAGCAUCUGCACAAAAGCAGAUAUAAUAGAUAGAUCAUGUAGAUGUCUGUCAAUGUGCAGCAAACAAAAGUCUCUUGUACAUAUUUUGCCGUUUUAAAGCAGUUCUUUAUUACAGUAUACUAUAAUAAAGACGAAAGAUCUCAGGAUUUUGUUUUGUUUGUAAUUUGAAUUUUU